CGCAGGCGCCGUGCGCCGCCCGCCGCCGCGGCCUGUGUCCGCUCCGCGCUCCGCCAUGUACCCGGCCUGGGGCUUGUACGGGGCGGCCGGGCACUACCCGCCGCCCCCCCCCCCCCUCCCCCCGCCCCCGCCGCUGCCCAUCCCUCCCCCCAGCGUGCCGCCUCCCGCUGUUCCGCCGAUGCCGCUUCCCAGCUACCCGCCGCCGGGGCCCGCGCCCCCCGCCGCCGCGCCGCCGCCCGCCGGUUCCUCGGGGUUCCUGAGCCUGCAGGAGCAGCACCUGGCCCAGCUGCAGCAGCUCCAGCAGAUGCACCAGAAGCAGCUGCAGUCCGUACUCCUGGGUCCCCCGCCGCCGCCGGGCCCGCCCCCGCCGGGGCUGCCGCCGCCGCCGCUGCCCGGCUCCUUCACCGACUGGCAGCAGCAGCCGCCGGUGCCACCGGUGCCGCCGCCGGUCCGCAGCUACCAGAAGCAGUACGCCCACCGUGAGCCACCGCCUCGCAAGCCGCCCCCCGCGGCCCGGGACCGCGACGGGCAGGAGCCGCCGGGCGGGCACGGCGACUGGGGCGAGCCGAUGCCCGCCGAGCCGGUGCCCAUGGACAUGGAGCUGUCCUCGCCGCCGCAGUCCCCGCAGGCCGGCGCCCAGCCCUACCUGCCCCCCGCCCAGCCGUACCUGCCGCCGCCCANNCUGCCCCGGGCGCAGCCCUCCCAGCCGCCCCCCUCCUUUUCCGAGCCGCCGCCCUCCUACCUGGAGCCCCCGCCGGCCACCGCCUCCCAGCCCUACCUGCCGCCUCCUGCCCAGGGCUACAUGGCACAUCCCCAGCCCUACCUGCUCUCCUCCCAGGCCUCUCCCUCCCAGCCCGCUCUGGCCCCCUCCAUCCCUCCCCCGGUCAAGCCGUCGCAGGCUCAUUUCCCCCCGCCCCAGGCGUCCUUGCCCCCGCCCGCCGCUGCCCAGCCGGAGGCCCCGCAAGGUGCCGCCAAGGAGGGCGGUGGCACGGAGCAGCCGGACCCCUCCACCAUGACUCCCCAGGAACAGCAGCAAUACUGGUACCAGCAGCACCUGCUUAGCCUGCAGCAAAGGGCAAAAGCCCAUGCUCAGGGACAGCAGCAGAUGAAAAGUCCAGUAGUGAAGGACUCUGAAGAAGAGAAAAUGAGUGCUUCAACUCAGCAGUCUGAACCUCCUCCUCUUAAUGAAUCCCUGCCUCCAGCAUCCAAAGAAGAUGAGUCUUCUCUUACAUCCACUGAAACUCAGCUCAAUAUUGAACCUCCUGAUGACCCUGAGGAGGAUUUGAGAUUGCAGCAAUUGCAAGCAGCAGCAGCUCAAUGGCAGCAGCACCCCCAUCAGCGGGUUGGGUUCCAGUAUCAGAGAAUAAUGCAGAAGCACGCUCAGCUGCAACAGAUAGUACAGCAGUAUCAACAGAUCAUGCAACAGCCUCCACACUUAGAGACAAUGUCAGUGGACAUGCAGCUGCGACAUUAUGAGGCACAGCAAAAACAGUUCCAGCAGCUUCAUAAAGACUGGGAGCGAUCAAUGAACCAGCAGUGGCAGCAUCAGCUUCAAACCUACCCUCACAAAGACCAGCUUCAAGAGUAUGAGAAGCAGUGGAAAGCAUGGGAUGAACAGAUGAAGGUUACUCAGUCACAUCUGCAGGAAAAAGUGACGUCGCUCCAAAAUCUGAAGAAUCAAUAUCCUGCAAAUGUUUCACUGCCACCUCCGUUUAUUCCAUAUUCCCAAACUGGUCAAGGUGGCAUUCCUAUUAUGCCUCCAACUUUACCUUCAACUACACCUCCACUGGUCCCCCCGCCUCUCUCUUCUGUUUCUCAGUUAUCCAAUUCCUCUGUCCCUUCAGGGUCCAGUUCUCAAAGCAGUCAAGCUACUGAAACACCAAGGCCAGCUCUCCUUCCCACCCCUGGUACCUAUGCAUCAAAAAUAGCUAGUUCAGCUAGCUAUUCACCUUACCAUUCUCAAGUAGGUUCAUCCUUUGGCUCAUCUGAUCAUGGAAAGUCUCAAGGUCAUCUUAGUAAACAAACUGUAAAUAUCUCAUCUGAACAACAGUGUGGGGAACUGAAAGGCACUUCUGCAGUGUCUUCGACACACACGUCUAUUGUGCAGGAUAAACCGGUGAGGUCAGGUGGAUUGCUUCCAGAUCCUCCCAGAUCAGCGCGUUUUGAAGGCCCUAGAGGCCCUAGAUUUGAUGGACCUCGAGGAAGAGGAUAUGACAAAUUUGAAGGCUCAAGACAGAGAGGACCUCGUUUUGACUCCCAGCGCUCAGAAGGAUACAGGUCACGUUUUGACCGACAGAAUACAGAUGGACAGUCUUCAAGUAGAUGGGGCUCUAUCCCACGAGGACCAGCAGGACAAUUUUAUACAACGAAUGCAUCACAUGGACACGGUUCCCGACCUAGUGGUCCACGGUGGAUGGGGCCCAGGCCUCAUUUGGGACAGCAGCAACAGCAGACACAGGUAGACUCACAGUCAGAAAGCAAAGAACCUUUUACAGACACAGCUGGUGAUCAGCAGUCUGUAAGCAGAACUGAGUCAGCUCCUGACGCACAGAGUGCAGGUCCCAUUGAGCCAAAUGAGGACCUGACGGACACUCAACAGGAGCCAUCCAAACCUGAAGUCAAAGAACCUAGUUCAGACCCUCCUAAAAAGUGGACAUGGAGUUCACAUGAUCCCAACCAGCAAGUAGAAGAGUCCAAGGCACCCACCCCACCUAUUCAGAACCAGGAUGCAGUAGCCCCUGCAACAGGAAAUCAGGAUUUGGAUUCUUCAGAUGGCCAGUUGACUGCUUCAGAUAGCACUGAGGGCCUGCCUGGACCAGAAAGCAGAGGAAAAGGGCCAUUCAUGCAUGAAGACAGAGGAAAGGGACCAGGAGGCAGAGGAAGGGGCCGUGGCAGAGGGCAGGGGGAUGGCCGUGGCUGGGGAAUGGGCCGUGGCCGAGGAAUGGGAAGGAUGGAUGGUGGCCGGGGAAUGGGAAGGAUGGACGGUGGUUGGGGAAUGGGCAGGAUGGAUGAUGGCCAUGGCUGGGGGGUGGGCAGGAUGGACGAUGGCCGUGGUAGGGGAUAUGUGUACAGAGGCAGAGGGCAGGCUAGGCAGGCAUCCAUCCGUGGCAGAGGAGCGUUCAGGAGAGCAGGCAGCAGGGAGAGGAUACCGGAUAGACGGUCAGGCAGCAGGGAGAGGAUGCCAGAUGGACAGUCAGGCAGCCGAGACAGGGGGCUGGGACGGUCAGAUAGCCAUGAGAGGGUAUUCUCUAACCGAGACAGAGAGCCGCCUGGACGGACAGGCAGCUGGGAUAGGGGACGGGCAGGAAGCCGGGAGAGAGGCCCGGUCAGACGGGCCUCUAGCCGGGAAAGAGAGCCCAUGCGGCGGGCAGGUAGCCGGGAGAGGGUCCCCGUCAGGCGGGCAGGUAGCCGGGAGAGGGUCCCCAUCAGGCGGGCAGGUAGCCGGGAGAGGGACCUGGUCAGGCGGGCUGGUAGCCGGGAGAGAUGUCCCAUCAGAAGGGGAGAUAGCCAUGAGAGGGAAGCAGGAAGAUCUGAAACAGGCAAUAUGGGUAAACCCAUUCACCUAGGAGAUGACCCUGACAAAUUGCCUCCAUACCAUCGAGAUGAAACAUUCAGGGGUUCUUGGGGUCAUGAAGAUGAUACAAUGCAGGAGGAAUUUCCUUUAGAUAGUCAAGAUGACCCGUCUUUGGAGCAUGAGCAAUUGGAUGAGUGGGAAAGAGAACAAUACUGGAGAGAUCACAACUCUGAUUAUCAGGAUGAUUCUGUACAUGCGUAUGACAGAGAUGACAGGUUGCAAUCCCACCAUUCACUGCCUCCGUUGUCUCCCCUACCACCACUACCUCCUUUAUCGUCUGAUCACGACAGACGAGAUUCAUGGUGGGAUGACUGGAAAAGGCCAAGAGAAAGGGAACUAGAGAGAGAUCUAGAUAGAACUGGAAGAUCCUCAGAUAUUUAUGAUCAAGAUUUAGACAAAGAAUGGGAUAGAGACUGGGACAGGAGACCUAUGGAUGACAGAGAAAUGGGGAAUCGUGACCUGGAUAUCCCCCCUCUACCACCAUUACCACCCCUUCCACCUCUGGACAGGUAUCGUGAAGAUAGGUGGAGGGACGAUAGGAACAGAGAUCAUUAUGACAGAGAUCUCCGAGACAGGGGGGAGCUCAGGAUUCGAGAAUAUCCGGAGAGAUACGACACAUGGCGGGAGAAGCAAGACUACCUUCCUGAAAGGACUGACUGGGAGAGGGAACGGUUGUCGGAUAGGUGGUAUCCAGAUGAUGGAGAGAGACUGCGGACUUUGGAUGACCACUCAGAUUCGUCCCUUCCUCCCCCUUCACAUUCCUCUGAUAUGCUGGGAGCAGAUUCAAACCUGGACUCUGACCAGUCCUUGGGAGGAGUGAUGGUCCUAAGCCAAAGACAGCAUGAGAUAAUUCUGAAGGCUGCCCAGGAGCUCAAAAUGCUUCGGGAGCAAAAAGAACAGCUACAGAAGUUGAAGGAGUUCAAACCUGACAUUUCCACCCAAGAGUCUCCAAGAUCACAAAACACAAGCACAAGGCCGGGUGCCUUUCAGGUCUCUUCUCAGCUAUCUCCAGAGGCACCAGUAGAAGCCCAAGCUAUUAAACCUUCUCCUGCUGUUAUUAUAAAGCCUCCCGUGUUGUUCAGACAGCCCACCCCUGUGACAAGACCAAGUGCCCCACUGGCAAGGCCUACUACACCUAUGACAAGGCCACACGCUCCAGUUUCUACUCCAACUACAACCCCAAGUCAUGGUCAAUCUUUAAAACCAUCACCUUCUGCUGUGGAACAGGAACGCUGGGAUGAGGACUCUUUCCAUGGACUGUGGGACACAAAUGAGGAUAAAGGUGCAAAUAUGGAGUACGAGUUGUGUAAGCAGGAGUCGAUGAUGCCUCCACCUGUCUCCUCACCUGUGAAAGUACCUGCCGUCCACACCUCCAUUCCAUCAGCUGUACCAGUGUCCCUUUCUCCCGUUAUUCCAGCAGUUCCUAAAGCACCCAUCAUUCAGCAAACGGUGGAUUAUGGCCAUGGGCGAGAUAUAACCACGAGUAAAGUGGAACAGAUUCCAUAUGGAGAGAGGGUAACCCUUCGUCCAGAGCCUCUGCCGGACAGGCAAACAUUUCAAAAAGAGCAUCCAGGUCGCUACAAUAGAGAAAGAGAUCGUGAGCCUUAUUUUGAGCGUCAAGGUAAUUCCAACACAGAUCAUCGGGAUUUCAAGAGAGAGCGGGAAUUGCACAGAGACCGAGGUUCUGUGGACUAUGAACGAGAGAGAUUUGAAAAGGAGCGGCAUCCCCGAGAUGAUAGGGUUCUUCCUACCACACCUUCAAGAACUCAGUCUUACCGUGACAAGAAAGACCAUCCAUCCUCCAGGCGGGGUGGUUUUGAACGACCACCAUAUGAACGAAAGACAGAUCGUCCAGCAUAUGAUCAUGGGCCUUCCAUGUUUGGAGAAAAUUCUUCUGUCCAAACACUGGAAUUUGAAGGUGAUCGUAGAAAUUACCCUGAGGAAAGGAUUCCUAUUUCUGCUCCAUCAAUGCCUCGUCAGCCACCACCUGCUCCACGAGUAGAAAGGAAGCCAGAAUCUAAAAAUGUAGAUGAUAUUUUAAAGCCACCAGGACGGGAUAGCAGACCAGAGAGGAUUGUGAUCAUCAUGAGAGGGUUACCUGGCAGUGGAAAGACACAUGUAGCAAAACUCAUCAGGGAUAAGGAAGUAGAAUGUGGAGGACCUGCACCAAGAGUGCUCAGCCUGGAUGACUACUUUAUCACUGAAGUGGAGAAAGAGGAGAGAGACCCAGAUACAGGGAAAAAAGUUAAAAAGAAGGUGAUGGAGUACGAAUAUGAGGCUGAUAUGGAGGAGACCUAUCGUACCAGCAUGUUUAAAACUUUUAAAAAGACCUUGGACGACGGCUUCUUUCCCUUCAUUAUCCUUGAUGCUAUCAAUGAUAGAGUGCGACACUUUGAACAGUUUUGGAGUGCUGCAAAAACAAAGGGCUUUGAGGUCUACUUAGCUGAAAUGAGUGCAGAUAACCAGACGUGUUCCAAGAGGAAUAUCCAUGGGCGCAAGCUAAAGGAUAUCAGCAGGAUGUCUGAUCACUGGGAGGCAGCACCACGCCACAUGAUGCGCCUGGACAUUCGUUCUCUGUUGCAGGAUGCUGCUAUCGAAGAGGUGGAGAUGGAGGAUUUUGAUGCAAAUAUUGAAGACCAGAAAGAGGAAGUCAAGAAGGACACAGCAGAGGAAGAAGAAAGUGAACUGGGUUACAUUCCGAAAAGCAAAUGGGAGAUGGACACUUCUGAGGCAAAGCUAGACAAGCUGGACGGUUUGCGGACUGGCACUAAAAGAAAACGUGACUGGGAAGCAAUUGCCAGCAGAAUAGAAGAUUAUCUGCAGCUUCCAGAUGACUAUGAUACACGUGCUUCUGAACCUGGAAAGAAAAGGGUGCGAUGGGCAGAUCUAGAAGAAAAAAAAGAUGCUGACAGGAAAAGGGCCAUCGGUUUUGUUGUUGGACAAACCGACUGGGAGAAGAUAACAGAUGAAAGUGGUCACCUUGCCGAGAGAGCCCUCAACCGCACCAAGUAUAUAUGAAAAAGUGGUUAAGUGGAUUUUUGUGCCUUUAAGGCCAUUUGCUCUGCGGAGAACUGAACCAAGGUGUCAUGAGCAUCUUGCAUGGGUCAUGUCACUCCCACCUUCACAGUUUUUCUUUAUUACUUUAGUUUCAGCAAUUUUCUUGAGAUACUGGCAGAUAACCAGUGUCCUCAAAAAACUCAUUGAAUCCCACUACUCCUAAGUGAGAGAGAAAGUUUACUUUUUAAUAUUUUUGGAGGGGAGGGAGGGGGAGGGUCAGUAGUUUUAGCUGCUUUUUGUGGGAUAAAGUGGAAGGAUUAGACAGAUGUUACCUCCACUGUACCAUCACAGAAUGUUUAUCACCUUUGCUCUGUGGAUGUUCUCGUUUUAUACUGUAUGUACCUUGUAGCUUAUUGUAUUAGGAAGCAGAACAAUAAAUUUCACUAUAAACUCAG